CGGGGGGCGGUGCCGGCCGGGGCCCGUGGCCAUGGAUCGGUUCUCGUGGACGAGCGGGCUCCUGGAGCUGCCCGAGGCUUUGGUGGUGCAGCAACGCGGGGUUCGCCUUUACGACGGCGAGGACCAGGUAAAGUUUGAUGCUGGUGCCCUUCUACUCAGUACACAUCGAUUGAUUUGGAGAGAUCAGAAAAACCAUGAAUGCUGCAUUGCUAUUCCUCUUUCUCAGAUUGUAUUCAUUGAAGAACAGGCAGCUGGCAUUGGAAAGAGCGCCAAAAUAGUGGUUCAUCUCCAUCCAGCUUCUUCCAACAAAGAUCCAGGUCCAUUCCAGAGUAGCAAGAACUCCUACAUUAAGCUUUCAUUCAGAGAACAUGGCCAGAUUGAGUUUUAUAGGCGUUUAUCAGAAGAAAUGACCCAAAAGCGAUGGGAGACCAUACCAACUGCCCAAUCUCUCCAGAUCAAUAGAGGAUCACAGCCGGGAAGAAUAAGGGCAGUAGGAAUUGUAGGGAUUGAGAGGAAACUGGAAGAAAAGAGAAAAGAAACUGACAAAAACAUUUCAGAGGCUUUUGAAGAUCUCAGCAAACUAAUGGUCAAGGCUAAGGAAAUGGUGGAGUUAUCAAAGUCAAUAGCUAAUAAAAUUAAAGAUAAACAAGGUGACAUCACAGAAGAUGAGACUAUCAGGUUUAAGUCCUAUCUGUUGAGCAUGGGUAUAGCCAACCCAGUUACCAGGGAAACAUAUGGCUCAGGCACCCACUAUCACAUGCAGCUGGCAAAACAACUGGUUGGAAUACUACAGGUGCCCUUAGAGGAACGAGGAGGAAUAAUUUCACUUACAGAAGUGUACUGUUUGGUAAAUCGGGCUCGAGGAAUGGAGUUACUCUCCCCAGAAGAUUUAGUGAAUGCUUGUAAGAUGUUGGAAGCCCUGAAAUUACCUCUAAGGCUCCGGAUUUUUGACAGCGGUGUCAUGGUAAUCGAGCUUCAGACCCACAAUGAAGAGGAAAUGGUUGCUUCGGCUUUAGAGACAGUGUCAGAAAAGGGAUCCCUCACAUCAGAAGAGUUUGCCAAGCUUGUCGGAAUGUCUGUUCUCUUAGCCAAAGAAAGGCUGCUUCUUGCUGAAAAGAUGGGCCAUCUCUGCAGAGAUGACUCGGUGGAAGGCUUGCGAUUCUAUCCAAAUUUGUUCAUGACACAGAGCUAAGGAUUUUGUUCUUAUAAUUGCUUUUGUGCAUUCUUCUUCUCAUGCAAAGGGCAAAUAAGUCAACUGAGAAACAAAACCUUGGCCCCACUGGGAAUUUUACGUCUUCUCCUUGCUGUACAUCAACCAUUUUGAACAUUCUGAUGCAGUAAAAUGCUUCUCCAUCUCUUCCAAAAUAAAGUGUCUCAGGACGCUUUUUGGGAUGAAAAUGGGAAGGUGCUAGAGGUCAAAGAAAGCAAAGUAAAUAUUGUGUAAGUCUGAGAAAAGAUUAUUUGUUCUUCACAGUUGAACUUGAUACACCAGACCAACCAUUUUGUGAAAAGGGAGGUCAUUUUGUAUGAAAUAAAAACAUAAAGGAUAGUUUGAAUCAUGCUGGCGCUGAAGGCAUGAUUUAAAUGGAUUUAAAUCUAUCCAUGUCAGAUGUGAUUUCUGGGAACACGCCAUAUCUGCAGGAAUAAGGGAUGGGUGACCCCUUUUGGGACAAGAUAGAUGACAAUGAAUAAAAUGAGGUGCUCCCCCACCCCCCCAGCCCCAGGGCUCUUCGAAGGAAUCACAGGUUAUAUCUUCUGGCCAAAUACAUAUCUCUCUUGGAAAUAGAACCUUUCCUUUGGCUGGCAUUUACCCUCUCAUGCAUUUAUUCAUUGUUGUUGUUUUAACCAGUGAAUUUGAAGAUUUCAGCAAAUCCAUCUGACUUCUAAAUCGCAGUGUAUUUUUUCACUGGAUUGAAAGGGCUGUUCAGACAUGCCCUGAGAAAACCACUCCAAAUUUGGAAAGUUAGAAGAUUCAGGGAUUUUUUUUUCCAAGUCUGUUGAGAACACCUCUCUCCUGUAUACUAUUAAAGAGAUAACCGAAAGUUGAAUGGAAGGCAAGAAGGCAAAAGUCUGAUAUUUGAAAGUUGAUCUGGCAGUAGUUUGAAAAACCAUAGUUAGGGGUUGGGAUUUCUUGAUUUAUUUUAUUUUAUAAUGAAUAUAUUUCCAGACCAUCAUAUGUCAGUUAAUCAUUAAAUGUGACUUUUCCCCCCUGCUUGGUAGGAUAUAUUUGUUAGAACCAUAAGUGCAAAAAGCCCUGCCUUGGAGCAUUUGUUGAUCUAUUUAUUAAGUGCUUCAUAACUGGGCUCUUGGGAGCAAUAAAGACAAGAGCCCUUUUCCUUAGGUUUAUGAUAAUGGAACUUCUCUGGUCAUUUAUUGUCAAGAUAAUAGUUUUUAUUUUAUAGGUUAAAUUAAUUGGUAGCAUAAUGUACAUAUUAGUAAAUCACUGUCACAAAAUAAAACAAAUUGAUUUUUUU